GAUUAAAUUAAGUGUAAACAAUGAAUAUUUUUGUUAUUUCUUAGAUUCUUAAUUUAUAUUUGUAUUUAAAAAUGAACGUCAAUGAGAAUAAUUCUCAAAACAAACCUAACUUGGCUACAGAGGAAUAUUGGAAUGAUACUUACAAUGUAGAAUUGGACAAUUUCAAAAACUUUGGCGACCCUGGUGCCGAAUGGUUUGGCCAUAGUAUAGGACUAAAGAUGAUUAAGUGUAUACAAUCAAACUGUAAAAUUAGUCAAGAAGAUCCCAUUUUAGAUGUUGGAUGUGGAAAUGCUUUACUUUUAACUCAAUUAGCUAAAUUAGGAUUUUCCAAUCUGUAUGGCAUAGAUUAUUCAGCACCUGCAGUAAAAUUAGCAAAUUCAAUAGUUAAAAAUCAAAAAAUAGAUAAUAUAACACUAAAGGAAUUUGACUUUUUGACUGAUGAUGUAAAAACAUUACCGACAUUUUCAUUGGUUUUGGAUAAAGGUACUUAUGAUGUUAUUAGUAUGGACGAUGAAAGUAAAGAAAAGAGAACCAAAUACAAAGAAAAUAUUAUCGACUUAUUACAACCUAAUGGAAUGUUUUUAAUUGUUAGUUGUAAUUGGACACAAUUAGAAUUAAAUGAACAAUUUGGCGAUGCAUUUCGAGUUGUUCACACUAUACCAACUCCGUCAUUCCAGUUUGGAGGAGCUGUUGGUAAUACAUUGUCAGCCACUCUUUACCAAAAAUCAUAAAAGAAGAAAAGUAUUGUGUUUUAU